AUGGUGAAAGGACUUUCAGAAUCACAUAACGUUGAGAUUGUAGACGGCCCUCAAGAAAUACGGGCUAUGGCCAUUGAUUUUCUGUUCAAUAUGAAGAAAGCCACUACUUCACAGCGCUGCGGACGUGAACGUAAAUUACAAUCGAGUAGACCGGAAGUAGAGCCUGUAUAUAAAGUCCCGGUUUGGAACAACCGCAUGUUGAGCUUGGCGCACAGCUUCUCACUCGCGUCCUUCUGGGAUGUGAAUGAGAGCCCCAGGAUCCAAAGCAUCGAGAUGGCCGGUUGCUUGAGCCGGAAUACGUUGAACCGCCAUGAGUCAAACAUUAUUCUUGUCCUACGUAUGGCGGGUAUAAAGUAUGGAUGCCACAUAUACAUUCAACUUAACCACCAUCCCUUCUUCUAA